GUACGGCACUCAGAUCCGCUUCUCCUCGUYUUACCAUCCUCAGACUGAUGGUCAGACCGAGAUCACGAACAGGACUCUCGGGGAUAUUCUCGAAGAUUGUUCGUGACGACCAACAGUGGGAUCUCCAUCUUGCCCACGCUGAGAUAGCCGACAACCACGCCGUCUCGCCAGCCACGGGGAUGUCGCCUUACUAUUGCGAUCUCGGCUACCACCCUCGUAUUCCCGCGGACUUCCUCCGACCGUCACAGAUGCACCCCGACACGAGUUGUGCCGCGCUGGAUGAUUGGGUUGCACACAUGACGUCGAUCAUGAAGGCUGCACAUGAGCACAUAGCCGCUUCCCAGACUCGCAUGGCAGCACGUGCGAACCGAUCGAGGAUGGAUCAUCCAUUCAAAGUCGGUGAUGACAAGCUUAUCGACGCCCGCCACUUACAGCUCGAAGCGGACACGCUUCGCAAGUUUCGGCGUCGCUUCUUUGGCCCAUGCCUCAUCCUCCAGGCCGUCGGUUCUGAUACGACUUCUAGCCCAGUCAGUUUCCGUGUGAAGCUGCCGGACUACCUACGCCAGACUCACGUGCACGAUGUCUACCACGUCUCGUUACUGCGUCCUUACCGUAGACCGUCUGAGCGUUUCGCCGGACGACCAUACGAGCGCCCUCCACCCAUCAUGGUGGACGGUCAUGAGGAGUUCCUCGUUUCAGACAUCAUUGGUCGCCGAGUCACCGACGACAACCCUCCCCACGUCGAGUAUCUCGUACGUUGGAAGGGUUACCCUGAUGAGGAGGCUACCUGGGAGCCCCUCGAGCACUUGCAGCACGCUCGCAUGUUGGUGCGUGCCUAUGACCGUGCUCGUCGUGCUGGGUUCACUGCUCCUCCUCAGCCCACUGACCCUCCUCCUUCUCCUCCGGCUGAGGAGACCGCUGAAGUCGAGCCGGCUCCAUCUGAGGCAGACCUUCAGCGGCAGCCGAAUGCUUCUGAGCGUUCACAGUGCACUCGUCGUCGUCCUGCUCGAUACGACGAUUGACUCUGACUUACCUUCCCACGUCUUUGACUUCUCAGUACUCCAUCCACAUCAGUUUUGCUACUUCAGC